UUGUGUGUUUUGACACAUAUUUAUCGAAAACAUCGGAGUAACAUUGGAUUUAAUAUCAAAAAUUUUCAUUUCCACAGGAUGGCUUCUGAUGAUUUAUCGAUUUACGUGUACAAAGGAGAAUGGGGAUUGCCCUCAAUUGACUUGGAUUGCCUAAAAGCUCUUAUGUUCAUAAAACUCACCGGAGCUCCAGUUGAGAUCAAAAUUUCGAAUGGAGUUAUUUGGUCUCCCAAUGGGAUUUUGCCAUAUCUUCAACAUAAGGGCCGCAAAAUUGCCGGAUUUCAAAAAAUCAUUCAUUAUUUGAACAAUUUGGGGUACACGUUGAAAGAUGAAGCCGCUGCAACUUCCAUGGAAGUCGACGAAGGAUUCGUUCGUCUCAAUCUUUAUCCGUAUUUCCAAUAUUUGCUGUGGUGUCCCGAGAAUAUUGACAAAACGCGAGCUAUUUACGCCCAUCGUAUCCAGUUUCCGCUGAACUUUUACACGCCGAAAAAGUAUUUGCAGCGUGCCGAGAACACAAUUCAACAAAUUUGUGGCUUUUCCUUCGACGAUCCGAUUGCGAAACAUGAUAUUGCUGAAAUUGCCGCCAAAGCGAAACAGUGUCUGAACUUGUUGGAGGAGAGAAUUACGCCUGAAGGAUGGUUAGGAGACAAUACGCCCGGCAUGGUUGACUGUACAAUUUACGCUUUUUGCUCAAUUUUGAUAAAUCACAAGAUGCCAAACAACAGUUUGCAAGUGCAUUUGCAACAAUGUCCCAAACUGACGAAAUACGUGCAACGAAUAACGAAAAAAUAUUUUGAAAAAGAGGCUUUUAGCAGUAUGAAAAAAGAAGAAAACACGCCGAAAAGCAGUUCGAAGGAAUAUUACACGGCGGAACAGGAAAAAGAGCAACGAGAAGUGCGGAAACGUUACAUUGUCUCAGCUUUUGUGGCAACAAUUUCCAUGGCAGUCUUCGCAAUUUUGAAGGAAAUCAAAAUUUCAGCCCGUUAUGACGACGAAGAAGUGCCCCAGUUCGAGUUUGAGGGCGAUUACGUCGAUGAGGGCGAAGAAGGGGGUGAAUAA